CUGUCAUCGUCAACCGCCACGCCGACCCGACCCUCGCGCAGUUGCCCUGGCACCACGCCCAUCCAUGUCAAACCUCCUCGAGUCGUUAGAUUCCCCGUGUAUAAAACGGAGACUGCUCGCCCUUGCACCUACCAGCUGAGCUUGCCUGCCACGACCACGAACCCUGGUUGCUGCUUCAACGUUCGCGAUCAAGCUCGCUCGUUGCCGCGUCGGCCGGCGCUCGCGCGCGUGCGAGGCAUGGCGGAUGGCCUGCUGCGGUGGCUCUGCGUGCGCCCGGGGCGGCGGUGGUGCCGCCGCGGGCGGCGCGAGACGCGGCUGGUGCUGUGGGGCGGGGAGGCGCGGGCGGCCGAUCCCGGGAGGGCGGCGGGGGAGCUCAUGGCGGAGCACGCCGGCUGCGUGGUGUGCCGCGCCGACGGGUUCCGGAUCGGCCGCCCGGUGCCGGUGCUCGACAUCGAGGACCGGCUCGAGGCCGGGCGCACGUACCUCGUCGUGCCCGUGGACCGGCUCCCGUGCGGCGGAGCAGACGGGGUCGUCACAGCGGCGUCGCUCGCGGCGCUCUCGCACGCCGGCGGCGGCAAGGGCGCCGCCGGUGGCAAGUCGUCGUCGUCGGCCCCGACGACGUCGCUGGCCGGGGGCUCCAGAAGCCCGUUCGAGUACGUGAAGGACGAGGACGGCCGCACGGUGAUCAGGGUCACGGAGGAGUUCAUCGUGAGGGCCGUCACGGGCGGUGGCAAGCCGCGCGAUCGGGACGACGACGCCGGCGGGUGCGGGGCGCUUUGCAGCACGCCGGAGCUGAGGAAGCACUACGAGCAGCUGGUGGGCGCGGCGAGGGGGCGGCCGUGGUCGCCGCGGCUGGACACGAUCAAGGAGCGGAAAGGGCGGAGGCUCGCGGACGUCGUGAGCCCGGGGAGUCUGUCGCCGGUGAGGCUGCUGGGGAUGGACAAGGGGCUCAGCUGGUAGGAUAGAGAUAGAGAGCUGCAAAAUCGCAAGCAAGCCAAUGGCACCGUCUCAGACCUCACUGGGCUCCAUGCCUUCAUGCAGCUGCUGUGUUUUUGGGUGAAGGUGUUGUUGAAUCUUGGAUGGAAUUGCACGUGUCGAUAAAUGCGGAUUUUUUUGGGCAAGAA